AUGGCCGCGCCGCCCAGGCACUCCUCAAUGAUGUCUACCAGCAACGCAGGCACGCUUCAAUCGAGCACCACUGAUAGACAACAGGCCCCGCAACAGCUGCCGACGCCUCAGCCAACACAGGGUCUCCGAGUGCCCUCCAAUCGCAAGACCAUCUACGACCGACAUCUGAACCGGAGCCGCAAUGCAGAGUCCAGCCGAGCGAGCUUCGCCUACCUAUUUGGAGAGAUGGUCACAUAUGCCCAGCGGCGCGUAACAGGGAUACAAGACCUGGAAAAACGAUUAAACGAACAAGGGUAUCCCCUAGGCCUACGCCUCCUCGACCUCCUCUUCUACCGCUCCACGUCCACCUCCUCCUCAGCCCUUUCCAGCUCUUCGACCUCGUCAUCCCCGCCAAACCGGCCCCUGCGCAUCAUCACCCUCCUCCACCUUAUCCAUGGCCCGCUCUGGCGCCUCCUCUUCCAGCGCUCCGCCGAUGCCCUUGAGCACUCCGUGUCGCCGGAUACCCCCAAUGAAUACAUGAUCACCGACAAUGACCCCCUCGUCAACACAUAUAUCAGCGUGCCGCGCGAGAUGAACAUGCUCAACUGCGCCGCCUUCGUGGCGGGUAUUAUCGAGGGCGUGUGCGACGGGUGCGGCUUCGAGGCCAAGGUCUCGGCUCAUAACCAGCCCACGGAGAUGUGGCCCAGCCGCACUGUAUUCCUUGUUCGGUUUGGAGAUAGCGUGAUGGAACGUGAGAAGGUGCUCGAGCGGAACGGCGUCAAAUAAAGUAAGAUCCAAUUGCGAUCAUUCACCCCGCGGUUGAGUCUAGACUUGCUAGUCAAGC